AUGCCCAGCGUGGGGGAAAAGGGCUGGGACAAUAAGGAGAAGCCUGGCUCCAAUAAGGGUAGUGGCUCCUCAAGCUCUGGCGGACAGACUCGUGGAAAUGCCGAGAACUCCUCUGAAGAGGACGCCAAGAAUGACGAUGAUAAGGUUUCCCGUGUUCAAUCAUAUAUUCUCCCUCUCGCCGGCCGAGUAUAUACAAGCAGGGACAGGCUGGGUGGAUUCAUAUAUGAAUAUGUACUCAUUUCAGGGUUGGGUCUGAUCACUAACACGACAUACAUGUACUCAAAGCCGAACUAUCAGGUGGACACCACCUAUCUUCAAGCUCACUCAUUUAACGCCAAUACUAAAGUCAGCAAUCCACUUGACCUUUAUGUGAAGUCAAUAGAUAUAAAAUGGAAAGAAUGUGCCUGGAGUCAUAUCCGUUUCAUCAUCAUCAACAACAACAUCAUUGUCAUCAUCAUCAUCGUCACUUAA